AUGGUCGAUGAGGGCACUUCAUACCAUCAGCAAGUUCAAGCCAUCACUACCUUAAGAAGCGGCAAAAUAGUUGACAAUCAUGUGGAGGAGAAGAAAGAUGAACACAAGGAGGUUGCACAGAAUUUGCAGAAUGAUAAAAGCAAGCAAGUAAGCCAUGAGGCUUCGUCAUCAGCAGCAUCUACUCCAGAGAUCCCAUAUGAGCCACCAGCCCCCUUCCCAGAACGUCUCAAGAAUUCAACACUGACCAGUACAUUCAAGAGGUCCCAUGAAUUGCUAGAAACAGCCGCUAGUGCAGAUUUCCAUCCAUGGAAAGUAGUAAAGGAGCCCCUACCUGUGACAUCAAGCAUUCCUCCUGUUCCAUCCCUACUAUCUCCACCGAAGCUUGAGUUGAAGCCCCUGCCAGAAAAGCUCAAAUAUGCAUUUCUGGGGUCCAACAACACCCUGCCGGUCAUCAUUGCUUCUGACUUACAAAAAGACCAAGAAGACAGUCUGCUCGCAGUGUUAAAGGAGUAUAAAGAGGCUAUUGGUUGGACCGUGGCAGAUUUGAAAGGCAUUGACCCCUCUAUCUAUAUGCACCGGAUCCAUUUGGAAGAAGAUGCUCGACCCUCCCGUCAGGCACAGCGCCGGUUGAAUCCCAACAUGAAGGAGGUAGUAAUGAAAGAGGUCGUCAAGUUACUUGAUGCAGGCAUCAUCUAUCCCAUCUCAGAUAGCAAAUGGGACACCCCUUUUCACUUUGAUGAAGCAUGUCACCAGGCAUUCAAGCAGCUCUGGUCCCUAUUAUCCUCUGCUCCCAUCAUGCAGCCGCCUGACUGGUCAUUGCCCUUUGAGAUCAUGUGUGAUGCAUCUGAUUAUGCUGUGGGUGCAGUAUUGGGACAAUGGGUAGGCAAGCUUCAUCAUGUCAUUUAUUAUGCUAAGUUUGACAUUGAGAUUCGGGACAAGAAGGGUACUGAAAAUGUUGUUGCUGACCAUUUGUCACGGAUUUCAUUUGCGACACCCCAGCCGGUUCCUGUUCAUGACUCGUUCCCAGAUGAGCAACUCUUAGAAAUUACUCCGAGAAAUCCGCCGUGGUAUGCCAAUAUUGUCAAUUAUCUAGCAACAGGUCGGAUUCCCUCUCAUUGGUCUAAGCAAGAUAAGGACCGCUUCUUCAAGCAAGUCCGAUUCUAUUAUUGGGAAGAUCCAGAGUUGUUCAAGUAUUGUGCUGAUCAGAUCAUCCGACGAUGUGUUCCUGAGAAUGAAUUUUCCAGCAUUCUUACCUUUUGUCAUUCUCUAGCUUGUGGGGGACAUUUCAGAGUGGAUUAUGUCUCUAAGUGGGUCGAAGCUAUCGCCACAAAGACCAAUGAUCACAAGGUUGUAGUGAAGUUCCUCCAAGCCAACAUUUUUAGCAGAUUUGGUACUCCUCGGGCUAUCAUCAGUGAUGGAGGUAGACACUUUUGCAACCGUUUUUUCAAGGCCUUGCUUCUCAAGUAUUCUGUCACACAUAAGGUAGCCACUCCUUACCAUCCUCAAACAAGU